UGUCUGGUGACGCCUGUCGUUCUGAACCACUCCAGUCAGCCAUGUGGGAGAUCGGCCAACAGGUUUGUGGUACUGAGUCUAUGGAGAGGUUACCUGGUUAUAAGCAAGCAACGUGUCAGGGUAAAUCACACCUGUUAAAGGGACAGUGUGCCGCUUUUGGUGGGAUCUUGCUGUGUGGUUGUAGAUGGAAUACCCUUCCAAUCACUCCUCGUUUUCCAAGACUGUGGUAACGAUAUUCGACUUGUUCAUCCAGACCAUAAUAACACUACUGUUACAGUAGUCAAACAGUGGCUCACGUUACCGCAGUUUCACAAACAUAUUGGAGAACUACGGUGGCCUUUAAGUAACGUAAGAACGUAAAAGGCUUUUUCUCUAGAGACAGUGUUUGGUUUGUCUGUUCUGGGAACACUGCGAAUUCCGUUACAAGGACCCGCUCUCUAUGUAUACAGGAAGGGCUCAUUCUGAGCUCAAAAUGUGAUUAUUCACUAAAUAAAACAUAGAUGUGAAUAUUAUAUUCCAUUUCUGCUGAUAGAUCCCCCAAAUGCUACACACUGGACCUUUAAGACAUCUAUUUUAGCACAUGUUAUGGUCUGGUUUUAUGUAUCUGGGUUAUAUUUUUCUUGCUGGGUUUCAUCUGUGACCCUUUUCAUCCCAAACUCGAGGGAUGGUAAGAUUGGGGUUACAGAGGUGUUGCAAAAUAAUGCCAAUUAUGCCACAUAUGUUUCUCUUAAUUUCCAGGACUUCACAUCCACAUAAAUCCCAAACAAAAAAUAAUAUGCACACUAAUGUUCAUACUUCAGUUUUAUAUAUGGGUUGCGGACCUGCAGGCUUAGCAGGUUAUUCCAGACAUCCCUCUCCCCAGCAACACGUUCCUGCUUUUCCUAGGGAUCUCCAAGGCAUUCCCAGGUCAGACAAUAACGUCUCUCCAGAGUGUUCUGGGUCUACCUGCCUCUACCAGUUGGAUGUGACCAGAAAAUCUCUAAAAGGAUCCUGAUGUCCGGACCACCUCAGAUGGCCCCGUUCAUCACGUAGGAGCAACGUCUCUACUCCCUUGAGCUGUCUGAGCUCCUCACCCUAUCUCUAAGGCUGAGCCCAACCACCCUAUGAGGGAAGCUCAUUCGUCCUCUUGCAAACGCUAUCUCAUUCUUCCAGUCACUUCCCUGAGCUCACGACCAAAGGUGAUGAUCGGAACGUAGAAGGACUGGUAAAUGGAGAGCUUUGCCUGCCGGCUCAGCUCCCUCCUCACCACGUUGGUCCGGUACAACGCCCCCUUUGUUGGUGCUGUGACUCACUCCAAACCCGGACGGUGCUAUCCACCAUUUUCCGACAGAGAGCCAUGGCCUUUGACCUGGAGCUCUCACUUUGGUCACACAAGGACCGGAUGGCUCGGAGCAGCGACCCUAUUCCCUGCAUUCCCAGGACUCCCCAAGGGACACAGUUGUAAGCCUUCUCCAAGUCCACAAAACACUUGUAGACUGGAUGGGCAAACUCCCAUGACCCCUCCAACAGACCUACAAGGGUUAAAAGCUGGUCCACAGGUUAACCGCCAUGAAUUGCUCCUACUGGAUCUGAGGUUUGACAAUGGUUCAAACGGUACAAUAUGUCGAUUGAUGAUCUUUUGUUUUGUGCAAUAUUACAAUAGACUUACAUUAUUUAAAUGUGGUUUCCAGCAUAGUUUAUGGUCUUUGUGGUUUUGCUUUUAUGUGAAAUAGUUUUACAUCUUUGAACCUCGAACAAUUAUUAAAAUGACACAAACUGGGACGUUUAGAGGGAAAACUCAGUUUGGUGGAAAUGCUCUCAGCGGACACUUCUUUAUUUGAAGAAUUAAUUUAAAGUUUGUAUCGUUUUAUGUGCUGAGGUUUUCACCCAUUCUGUCAUCACCUCAAUACAAUGGAGGUGAACAGAAUUUAGUUUCUGGAGCUCGGUGUGAAAGAAAGACGUCUUUCCAGAAACAACAGCCCUGUUUCUCUGGAUAAUCCGGACCAUGCAUGGUCAAGUUUCUGGAAAGUAGAAGCUGCUGUUGAAUGUUCAAAUGAAUUUUCCAGCACAAACUAAAUACCAACUGCCUUCAUUGAGGAAGAAAUCAUCUUAAAACCUGGACAAAUGAAACCAAACUGUAGAGACCACCACCUUGGGCAAUAAAAAGUAUAUUUGUGAGAGCCUAAGUGGAAUUCUAUUUCUCCCUCUUUGUAUGUGUGUCUAUGUGAACAGGUAGAGAGCACUUUUAGCUACCUGGAGAUUUGCUCUAUCAACAUUCUAAGUCACACACAGAUUGUAUUGGAGACAGUCAGGCACACUCUGUCUUUCAGUGUACCGUACGUUGAAGAUCUUGAGGCCAUGGUCAGUCACAUGACCGCCUCACUGAAGAGGGUCUUCCCUGAUUCCUCUCCAGGAAAGCUGUUCCAGACGAGUACUCCAGACCUCCAGCAGAGACUUCUCACAUUGACGGAUGUGAUGGAGGAGCAGCUGGACAGUCGGCCCUGUUCCUGUGGGGGAUUCUCUGAUACCUAUGCUGCUCUGUGUGAUUACAACCAGAUGCCAUUUAGAGAGGAGAUUCAGUGGGAUGUGGACAACAUCUACUGCAUCAACAGCUGGAGAGAGUUCAACCUGCAGGACUUCAGCCACUUAGACAGCAGGGACUUGGCAUUAGCAGUAGCCACUCUGUCGUUCAACCAGUGGUUUACCAAGAUCUACUGCAAAGACCUCAAACUGUCAGUAGACAUCCAGCAGCAGCUGACUUUUUUGCUGUCCAGAUCUCCCAGUCUGGAGGAGCUCUCACUGGAGGCCAGUGGACUCAAACUGGACUUUGCAAUCAAAAUGGCGGCUGCCCUGCGGGAGCACACCUCCUCCCCCUUGCAAUCCAUCAACCUGUCCGGCAAUCCAAUCCAAGACAAAGGUGUCAUAGCUCUCAGUCAGGAGUUGGAGAAUCUAGCUGAAAGACUCACGCGCCUUUCUCUGUCCCGGGUAUCAAUGACUGCUAAAGGUCUUGGCUGUCUGAGUCAGGUGUUAUCCUCCACUCAGCUGUUCUCAUCAUCUCUAACCCACCUUGACCUGUCUGGUAACCCCGGCAGCCUGGUUACUGAAGAUGCAACGUUUCUCUUCAAGUUCUUGUCCAGUACUAAUGCUCUGUCUCAUCUGGACCUCAGCGAUACCAACUGCCCUCUAGACACGUUAUUUGUGUCCCUGUCUGCUGGAUGCUGUUCCAAACUGAUGCACCUAAGUCUGGCCAGGAAUACUUUCAGCCACAGAAAAGUGCAAAAGGUGACCAGGAGCAUUCGAGAGUUCUUCAGUCAGAGCUGUGAGCUCAAAUAUGUGGGCCUGUCUGCAACCAAACUACCUCCACAAGCUCUCAGGUUAUUACUACAGGGUCUGGCAACUAACACCUGUCUCUUUGGGCUGGAGUUGGACCUCAGUAGCUGUGAGCUGCGUUCUGCAGGUGCCCAGGUGAUACAGGAGCACAUCUCUGAAGCCACAGCUAUCAGAAGUCUGGAUCUCUCUGACAAUGGUUUUGAGAAUGACAUGGUAACUCUGGUCCUGUCGGUCGGUCGAUGUCACUCUCUUCGACACCUUGCGCUGGGAAAAAACUUUGCCAUGAAGUCCAGAGCUCUCACCGAUGUUCUUCAUCGCAUAGCUCAGCUCUUCCAGGAUGAAGAGUGUGUGAGUGAAACGGCCUUUCAUUUUUUAUUUGAUGAUGAGUUAUUUUGGUCAAUUUCCUCAAUGGUGUUUCUUCAAAGAAUGCCAAAGUUUCUUAUAUAUUUGAGGGUGUGUGUGUGUGUGUGUGUGUGUGAGAGCGUGCAGCCCUUGCAGUCUCUAUCGGUGUGUGACUCCCAGCUGAAGACAGGGAUGCACAUCCUGCUGAGCGCUCUGGGCGGCCACGCUGCUCUGACUAAAGUGGACAUCAGUGGAAACAACAUCGGAGACACCGGAGCCAAAAUGCUGGCCAAGGCCCUGAUGACUAACACCAGACUGAGGACUCUAACAUGGGACAGGAACAAUGUAACUGCCAGGGGUUUCCAGGAUGUGGCUGAUGCCUUGGAGAGGAACUUCACUCUGCAGCAGGUGUCCAGCCUGGCUGACAUCACACAGAGUUACCACAGCAACCCUGACAGAACCAAGGAGGCCCUGCACAAGAUUCAGCAGUGUUUAGACAGAAACAACCAGAGACAGUCUGAAAGAGGGGAAGUUCAGCAAGUGUUGAGAGUUCACCAAUCUGAAAAGCAGAUCCAGGGUCUGUGUCAGCAGUUGGAGGACAGCCUCCAACGUCUAAACCACUGCAACAUUCAGGAGGUCCAGGCUGACAUCCAGACAGCACAUGAGGUGCUGCACAACGCCAGGGAGUCCUUCAAGCUGCUUCCCUCUCUGUAUGAGGCAGGAAGGAAGUGUGCCUCUGAUGGAGACUUGGUGAACUGCAUCCUCGCUGAAACGGCUACUGCAUUGACUAAUGAGUUCAGCAGAAGCAUACAGGAGUUGGCUCAAGGUCUGAUGAGGGGUGCAGAGGCAACGUGUCCACGGGUGGUCCGGCGGUCCAGUGUGUUCGAGUGUCUGUCAGAGUGUGUGUCCAUGAGAAGCAGACAGACACACACAUUCCUGAGAAGCACUCUGGUGGAGAACACAGGGCCGAUCAUCAGCAACAGACUGCGGGAACUAAGACAAACGUUGAGCGUCUCUCUGGCUGAAAGCAUCAUUGAACAGGUUCUACAGGAUCUCACAACGACACAGAACAGCAUGGAUUGCCUUAUAAAAGAAUAUUCAUGCACUAGUCUGAACAUCAACAUCCCAGAGCUUCGAUUGGUCGACAGCGACUUCCCGACUGAUGAUUACAGUCCGGCAUUUUGGAGAAAUAGUUUCCACUCCAAGAGCCUGAGGCCUGCCCCUUCAAUUAAGAGCCUCCUGGAUGCAGACUGGGAGCAGCAGAAAAUGGACAGAGGAACAGAGAGGAAGAGGGGAGGAGGUGCUGGAGAGGAAGGAGGAGAAAGGUGUUGCCUCUCACGGUUGCCGACAGCAACCCCGCUGUCAGUUAGGUUUUCAAGCCCCUCCCCAUCCCCCUCCCCCCCGGGUCUGAGGGGGAGGAGGGGGAUGGAGGGGGAGGUGGCGGCAGCGGAUGCUGCAGCAGCAAUAUCAGGAGCGAGAGGAGCAUCGUUCAUUCCUCCACCCGGUCUCCCCCUCCUGUACUCCGCCUCCGCUCGAGCUGCAGAGGAGGAGGCCGCCGGCCGCGGCGGCUUACCCAGACGACAGGCUUCCUUCACUGGCUGCGGCCCCAGCCCAGGCCCCCUCCCCGGCUCUGGAUCCCUCGCUUCUCCCAUGGAGCCUCUACCCACCCAGGGACAGACUCUCAGGCAUUACACUGCCUCCCGUCCACGGCCACGUCGCACACACACACAGCCCCCCUCCUCCAGGACUCAGGAGCCGGUUGUAAAGGUAGAGAAUGAGGCCAGUGAAGGGAUGGGCAGAGUGGAUGAAGGAGUAGAGGAGUUCUUUACCAAGAAAAUCAUCCCUGACUAUGCACUAAAAGGCCGGUGGGAGGAGUCAAUCCCUGCCCAAGCCACUCCCUCAGAGUCAAGCUCCACCCCGUCAACCCCCCUUUCCUCUUUGUCUGACAAUAUCACCCCCUCCACCACCACCACCAACACCACUGUCACCUCCCCCUCCGUCCCAUCUAUUGACACAUCCCUCACAUCCACUGAUGUUUCACCCCUCUCUACAUCCUCCACUCCCCCCGCCCCCCCUUCUGUCUCCACCACCACCACCACCACACUUCCCACCAAAAACAUCAAGAAAAAGUUUGGCGACUUCUUUGCUUUCAAGAGGGCUCGAGCCGGCCGAGCAGCCAAAGCAGGAGGGGGAGAGGGAGGAGGAGGAGAGGGGGUGAAGGUUAAAAGGACCUCCAUUGCAGACCUCAUUCGACCCCUCCGCGAGGCCAAAGAAAGGGAGAGAGAGAGGGAGAGGGACAAGGAGAGAGAGAAGGGGAGAGGGGCAAGGUCAGUGGAGGAUGCUAACGUUUCUAAUGAUGCCGCCACAACAGAAGGAACCGUCGUCACCGGCCACCAUCUUGCAGGCGUUGCCAGGGGAACGAUGGCGCCUGCCAAGACAUUAACCACGACGACGCCUUCCAGUGAGACCACUCCCUCUUACCCCACUGUCGCCACGAGCCCUGACCCCACCGCCGCCACGCUUUCCAACCUAGAAGAAGAGGCACUUUUUGUCUCGCCAGGUCGCACCCCAAGUCCCAUGGGCACCUCCCCUCUAACGGAGCAGGAGAGGAGCGGCGUACAGAUGAAGGAGAUGAAGUUGGGAGGGACUCCAUAUGGAGAGAUGAGACUGAAGGUGACCAAGAGGUCACUGAGAGAGGGCAAGAGCCAGAGUCUCAUACUGCUGACGGGAUUAGAGCCCGAGGACAAGGAUGACACACACAGUAAGAAACAUGCCUCUGAGAGCACAUCUAGUUUUGAACAGAGGCUCCAGGUGAUGCUGCACAGAAUGGGCGUGGCCAAAACCCCACCAGCCAACACCAAGGCCAGCCAGAAUAAAGACGAGGAGCUGAGAAAGGCCAACUCUGAAGGUGCUAUCCUGGACAAACCUGUCCCUCCUCCCACACACGUGAAGCCCAGAACCAUGUCCACUUCAUCAGUAGACCCUAGGCACCCUAUGAGAUUGCUGGACCCUAUCCGACCGGACCCUCCCCUUCACCCGAAGCCCGUCCUCCAUGACCGCCCUGUCGGGCCCCUGCCACCCAAACCUGCUGUCGCGGCCAAGCCUCCGCUCCCCACCCCGGCUUCUCCUGCAGGAGCAGGAGCUCACCCCUCCUGUGCUCCUCCUGCCAGCGGCUCAGUGGGGAGAGUCCAGCUCAGAGCGCAGCUUCAUGACGGCGGGCCAGCGCAGACCACAGCCCAGAAUGGGGGCCAGGAGCGUCCCCAGGGCGCCUCCUUGGCUCCGUCCUCCAGGACAGAGCUGCUUCCUCCAGCCCCGUCACCAUGGAGAUGUCCCGGCUCACAGGAUCGCUCCGAGAAAGCACAAUCGGUGACUGACGAGAGUCUUCCUAAGCCGCGCCCACACAUGAAGCCCCUCCCACAGCGCAGAGCUGUGUCCGUCCAUGAGGACACUCUGGCCAUGACACAAGAGCUGAAGGCAGUGUUGCAGAGAUCCCCCAUCCGUUUCCGUGGCAACAGAGGAGACCUGCACACCUGCGCUGAAGAUCCAUCUAGUGGGGGGAAAGCUCAGGAGGCCGGUGACACAGGGAAACAGACAGCUGCCCAGAAGGAGGAGCUGAAGGCACAGCGAGGACGGACAGCAGCCGAUACCAAGCACCCGACUCCAGGAGAAGAGGAGAACCGAGACUCGGGGCGUCCCUCCUCUGCAGCUCAGGCUCUACAUGAAGCGUCAGCACCCCGACUCUUUAGUCCGACCGCAGCUCCCUCCGUCCUAACCCAGGGCCUGGAGAAGAAGCCUCCUGUUCCCCCCAUGUGGGAGAAAAAGAGCCCCAGCGCAGCCCAAACUCUAGAAAAACUGCCGGUGUCCCCAUCACCCCGAGAAAAGAGCACGAGCACAAUCCCAUCCGGAUCGCCGGAAAACCCCCGAGUGAGCCCUCUGUCCCACAAGAGGAAGAGCCCCGGUACAGCACCAGCCACAGCGGAUGUGAGAAACAGCACACAGAAGGGAGGAGAGGCGGUCUCUAAACAGCACACAAUGAAGGCAGAGCCAGCAGACCAAAGAACUGAGCCCCCUCUGUCUGAAUAACACACACACAUACACGCACACACACACGCACAGGCACACACACACACACACACACACUGACUGACACCAGGAGACCUGGGAGAAAGAGGAGCCAGCGAAUCACUGAGAUCAGGAAGUGGGAGGGUGUACGAGGUCUGCUGUAUCCUCCAGUAGAAAACGGCUGCUGUGUCCCAUGCCAGGGGUGUUCCCUUUGAAAGCUUAGUGUAUUUAGUUGUAGCUAGCUUACAGCUAACAUCUGCUAUACUGGGUGAAUAACCACGUUUUUUGUAUUGAUUAGGAGUACCCAAUCGCAGCAUCUGUUUGUAUGAGGUAUGUAUUAUUGGUACAGAUCAGUCUGUGCUUAUUUACCCCCAAAACAAAGCUAACAGACGUUAGCUGCGAGGCUAGCAACACACCGUGUGUCUUUUGCGUGUUGACAGCUCAUCUUCUGACUGAUGUCAACAAUAUCCAGGAACUGCAUUACAACGAUAUUGUCAUCUCGUCACGUUGAUGAACAGGUGCCAUAAGUGAGCGUUCACGUCGCGUUUAAAAAAAACUAAUGAAUUGUUGUCGAUGGAGACGGGCCAAAGCCGCGCUCUGAAAGCAAGAGCGAGGCUGCACCUAUUUUUCAGGGCGCGACCAAUCAGAGCUGGCAGAUAUCUUCUCUUUCUUCUGUACAUAACAGUCUACAGUAAAUGACUAAAUGAGAAGUUAAUCAUUUAGCAGGUGGCAACCUCCGGUUCUGCAGAAUGAAGCCAAUGUGGAAGUGUCUUUAAAAAUGCAUUCUCUCUACUGACCACCAGGGGGCGACUCCUCUGGUUGUAUAGAAGUCUAUAUAAAUGACUCUACUUCUCUCUUGAUUUAUUCCCUCAGUAAACAUUGUAAACAUGAGUUUAUGGUCUCAAUCUCUAGUUUCAAGUCUUCAAUACAGCGUGAUGUUCAUUUAGUAGAUUAUGGUCAUUUAGAGUCAAACAGACCAUGCUUACUGUGAUUGACACGAUUCUGCCACUACCAGAGAUGUAUACGGUGUCUCUACGUCACUCCUCUGCAUUCCAAAUAUGAUAACUUCCGUUCAUUGGUUGCAAAAAAAUAUAUCAUGGCGAUGGCCAUAAUCCAAGAUGGCGACAACUAAAUCAGACUCGAGCCUUCAAAAACGUCAGUCCACAAACCAGUGGGUGAUGUCACUUUGACUAUGUCCACUUGUUACACGCUGUCUGUGCAUUUCAGUUCAUAACUACCUGGAGCUUUACCCUCCGCCCCAAGGAGGAUUUGAGUUGCUUCACCCUUAGACUGUAUGUAAGAAGGUGUCACCCUUGCCGACCAACAUCCAUCUUUUUUUUGUCUCUUUAGUUUAGUCAGUGAGGUUUUCUGCUACAUUACCGCAACUACAUCAUCAUCGUCAUCGCAGGGCGUAGAUUUUAGUUGCUUGGUAACGGCAGGCGCGACGGUAGCGCAACCCCCACCCACCACCACGACCUUGGAUAAAAAGAUGAAAGCGGCAGGGCUGGCGUUUUUAGACAACAUGUUAAAGCUGCAAGACAAGCAGUCAUUUUUUAGCUCAAGUUUAAACAUGUUUCACUGGUUUAACUCUCCACCACCCAGAGCUAAUCUGCAUCCACUUAAAUUCCCUUUGCAUUCAGGGGAAACACACCUUUCUGUCUGAACCGGGACACAGCUAGCUGCAGCUCAAUGAGCAUCAGGUCAGGAGGUCUUUGCUGACGCACUCCACUGAAAGGAUUGCUCAUCAUCAUGGCACACACACACUUUUAUAUCACCUGCUUCUACAUGUUGUCAUUAUGGGCCCACCAUGGUUCUAACUUCUCACUUUGCCUUCUUGAAUUCUUUUUUUCCCCAAAACAUGAGCAGGUUCCAGGAGAAAGGCAUAUACAUAUUCCAUUGUGACUUAGAUUUAGGGGAUUUAUUUACAUUUAGGCACAUGCUCCCAUUUGUUUUUCAAUUGGGGAUUUUUGGAAAGUGUCUAAAUUGUUAUGACUUUUAAAAAAUGUGCAUGAUGUUUUAAAUGCCACCUUUCUUUUCUUUUCCAUUGGCCGUGUUAGCGUUGGCCACCAACCGUUAGAUUGUAUUCUGUCAAUCAAAGUCAUCUGGUUUGCAGAACAUCACUGUUACUACUGAGGUCGUGCAGUUUAAUACGCUUUCUGUCCUGCUAGCAUCAAACUAUGCCAUGCACACUUUGUGUACACUGCAUGAAUAGAAGAAGUACAACUCCA